AUGGGUCUCGUUGAGUUUGUCGUGGACAAUAUCUCCACAAAGACCGUUGCCGCCUUUCUCGGAUUUGCUACCAUUCUCUGGGUCGUCCUCGGCCGCAUCGAUGAACAUGUUCGCCUCCGUCGCCUUGCCCCUUACACCUCGGGCAAGGUCUAUGGCUUGACCUUUCCCUUUGGCCUUCGCUUCGUCUUUGCCGCUGUCAAGCAUGCCAUGGCACAUACCAACCUGGAGUUCUGGACCAACAAAUUCCGGGAGAUUGACUCCUACACCGGCGAGACACGAGUGCUUGGUCAACGCAUCAUCUCCACGGCCGACCCUGAGAACAUCAAGGCCAUUCUUGCUACCCAGUUCAACGACUUUGGCAAGGGCGAGCCGUUCCACGCGGAAUGGAGCGAAUUCCUCGGUGACAGCAUCUUCACCACUGAUGGCGACAAGUGGCACACGAGUCGGCAUCUCAUCCGUCCUCAGUUCAUUCGCGACCGUGUCAGCGACUUGCACUGCUUCGAAUCCCAUAUCCAGACGCUAUUCAAGGCCAUUGCCAACGGUGGAGCACUGAAUGGCGAAGACCAGCCUGUCAACCUCGAGGCCGGCAAUGGUAAGGUUCUCGACAUUAGCGACAUGUUCUUCCGUUAUACCCUUGAUGUUGCAACCGACUUCCUUCUGGGCAAAGAUGUCAAAUCCAUGUCAACUCCCCGCCAAGACUUUGCAGAGGCCUUCAACGAAGUCCAACGGGUCCAGAGCAUCAUUGCCCGUUCGAAUGGACUUCGUCGUUUCGUGCCCCGUGCCUCCUUCCGCCGUGGCCUUCGUGUCAUCAACGACUUUGUCAACCAGUACAUCGACCGUGCUCUGCGCCUAAGCCCCGAGGAGCUCUCUUCCAAGACCAAAUCUGACAAGGACUACACUUUCCUGCAUGAGCUCGCCUGUUUCACACAAGACCGCAAAGUCAUUCGCGAUCAGCUCGUUGCCGUCCUGCUCGCUGGACGUGACACCACUGCCUGCACCUUGUCAUGGACUAUUUACGAGCUGUCCCGUCAGCCCGAGCUUGUCCGCAAGCUUCGCGACGAGAUCCUCCAGCACGUCGGGCCCGACCGCGAGCCAACCUAUGCAGACCUGAAGAGCAUGAAAUACCUGCAGAACGUCAUGAACGAGACACUCCGUCUCUAUCCUGUCGUGCCUUACAACGUGCGUCUCGCGCUCCGCGACACGACGCUCCCGCGCGGCGGUGGUCCUGACGGCUCUUUGCCACUGCCUGUUCUGAAGAACACACCCGUCGGCUAUUCUCCUCUCGUCAUGCAGCGCCGUGCAGACAUCUACCCGCCCCCUUCGGCUACAUUCGCCCCCCAUAACGUCUUCUCACCAGAGCGUUGGCAGCACUGGCAGCCGAAGCCGUGGACCUACAUUCCGUUCAACGGCGGGCCGCGCAUCUGCAUUGGACAGCAGUUUGCCCUGACGGAGAUGAGUUAUGUGUUGUGCCGCCUGUUCCAGCGGUACGAGCGGGUUGAGAGCCACAUGGACCAGGUGGACGGCGGCAGCCCUUGUCUGAAGGCGGAGAUUGUGCUGCAACCGGGCGAGGGCGUCAAGGUUGCCUUUUGGGAAGCCAAGAAGGCGUGA